CUCCACCUUUUCAUCAUUCAGAGUCAUCCAUCAAAGUAUUGCAUUAUAACUCCGCCAAUAUUCACUAAUACAAUACUAUGGUGAGAGCGAGGAUUCCACUGCUGCUGUUGCUGGGAAUUCUUUUCCUGGCAUCACUUUCUGUCUCCUUCGGCAUCGUACACCGGGAGCACCAUGAGAGCCGAGAAGAAGUGUCGGUUUCAAGUGGAAAAAAUAACCCUUUCUACUUCAACUCUGACAGGUGGUUCCGCACUCUAUACAGAAACGAAUGGGGUCACAUUCGGGUCCUCCAGAGGUUCGACCAACGCUCCAAACAAAUGCAGAAUCUUGAAAACUACCGUGUUGUAGAGUUCAAGUCCAAACCCAACACCCUCCUUCUUCCUCACCAUGCUGAUGCCGAUUUCCUCCUAGUUGUCCUUAAUGGGACAGCCGUACUCACCUUGGUAAACCCUGACGGCAGAGACUCCUACAUUCUUGAGCAAGGCGAUGCUCAGAAAAUCUCUGCUGGAACCACUUUCUUUUUGGUUAACCCUGACGACAACGAGAAUCUCAGAAUAAUCAAACUCGCCGUACCCGUUAACAACCCUCACAGAUUUCAAGACUUUUUCCUAUCUAGAACAAAAGCCCAACAAUCCUACCUGCAAGGAUUCGGCAAGAAUAUUCUAGAGGCCUCCUUCGAUAGCGAUAUGAAGGAGAUAAACAGGGUUCUGUUUGGAGAGGAGGGACAGCAACAGCAAGGCGAGGAGAGUCAGCAAGAGGGAGUGAUUGUGGAACUUAAAAGGGAACAGAUUCGGGAAAUGACCAAACAUGCCAAAUCUAGUUCAAGGAAAGCCCUUUCCUCCGAAGAUGAACCACUCAACCUGAGAAACCGCAAACCCAUCUACUCCAACAAACUUGGAAGGUGGUUUGAGAUCACUCCGGAGAAAAACCCCCAACUUAGGGACUUGGACAUGUUCAUCAGUUCUGUGGAUAUGAAAGAGGGAGGUCUUCUUCUGCCACACUACAAUUCUAAGGCCAUGGUGAUCCUGGUUAUUAAUGAAGGAGAAGCAAACAUUGAACUUGUUGGCCAAAGAGAACAACAGAAACAGCAAGAAGAACAAGAGGAAAGUUGGGAAGUGCAGAGGUAUAGAGCUGAGUUGUCUGAAGACGAUGUAUUUAUAAUCCCAGCAACUUAUCCGGUUGCCAUCAACGCUACCUCCAAUCUGAAUUUCUUUGCUUUCGGCAUCAAUGCUGAGAACAACCAGAGGAACUUCCUUGCAGGUGAGAAAGACAAUGUGAUAAGCGAGAUACCUACAGAGGUAUUGGAUGUUACGUUCCCUGCGUCUGGUGAGAAGGUAAAGAAGCUGAUAAAGAAGCAGAGCGAAUCCCAGUUUGUGGAUGCACAGCCUAAGCAACAGCAAAGGGAGGAGGCGCGUAAGGGAGGAAAGGGUCCAUUUGUGUACUGAAUAAAUAUGAAGUAAAAUGUAUGUAUGGUGGAAGAGCUCAUAUAGAGAGAGCUUGGAAAUAUGUAUCGGACCAUGUAAACAAUAAAUGAGCCCAACCUGAAUAAACAAAUGGAGCAUAUAUAAAUGAUGCUGUGUUUUUUCUUAA